CAGAUCUCGGGCCCCACAAUAGGCGGUGCCCUCUGGGAAUCCUGUCCGUGCCCAGCGCGCUCGGACAGGGGCGGGUGGUGGCUCCCUUUGGGAAGGAUGCUGCGUUGAAUUUGACUUUUCGCGGCCGGCCCGGGGUAAACUCUCAUCUCCGGGGACGGCAGGAAUUAUUUACAGGGAGCUCGCCAACCGAACACAACAGUCUAAUUUAACCUUUCCAAGUCCUCGUAAAUUUUUACAGCCGGGAACCACGGCGAAGCAAACGAAUCUGUUGGUCGUUCCCGACUUCCCACCAGCCCGUGUGGCUUCUGAAACAAUAACUCCUUAUGAAAUAUCAUAAAUAUAGAUUUAAGUACAGUAGAGCGAGAAUGCGAUUUGGCUGCUUUUUUAUGGCUUCAAUUAUUGUCUAAUUUUAUGUGAGGGGCUCCACCGGCCGCACUCGCACGCGGGACCCGCGCCUCGCUGAUGGCGUGAUUAAUUGUGAUAUAAAAUAGUCCGCUUAAGAAGUGUGUGUCUGGUGGCGGCGGUGGGAGGGGAGGGAGUACAGAGGCAAGGCCAGAUUUGAUCUUUUAAUCUUCGUUGGCCACAAUUAAAACAAACCCGAUCGUGGAGCGCCGCGAUCCCUUUGCAUAAAAACAUAUGGCUUUUGCUAUAAAAAUUAUGACUGCAAAACACCGGGCCAUUAAUAGCGUGCGGAGUGAUUUACGCGUUAUUGUUCUGCCGGGCGGGCACGUGACGCGCGCGGCCAAUGGGGGCGCGGGCGCCGGCAACUUAUUAGGAGACUGUACUUCUCCCCCCCCCUGGUGCCACCAAGUUGUUACAUGAAAUCUGCAGUUUCAUAAUUUCCGCGGGUCGGGCCGACCGGCCAGGCACGGGGCACAGCGAUGGCCACCACCGGGGCCUUGGGCAACUACUACGUGGACUCGUUCCUGCUGGGCGCCGAGGCCGCGGACGAGCUGGGCGCGAGCCGCUACGCGCCGGGGGCCCUGGGUCAGCCUCCGCGGCAGGCCACAGCGCUGGCGGAACACCCCGACUUCAGCCCGUGCAGCUUCCAGUCCAAGGCGGCGGUGUUCGGCGCCUCAUGGAACCCGGUGCACGCGGCGGGCGCCAAUGCGGUGCCCGCCGCGGUGUAUCACCACCAUCACCACCCUUACGUUCACCCCCAGGCGCCCGUGGCGGCGGCGGCCCCGGACGGCAGGUACAUGCGCUCCUGGCUGGAGCCCACGCCCGGCGCGCUCUCCUUCGCGGGCUUGCCCUCCAGCCGGCCUUAUGGCAUUAAACCUGAACCACUGUCCGCCAGAAGGGGUGACUGUCCCACGCUUGACACUCACACUUUGUCCCUGACUGACUAUGCUUGUGGUUCUCCUCCAGUUGAUAGAGAAAAACAGCCCAGUGAAGGCGCCUUCUCCGAAAACAAUGCUGAGAAUGAGAGCGGCGGAGACAAGCCCCCCAUCGAUCCCAGCAACCCGGCAGCCAACUGGCUCCACGCACGCUCCACGAGGAAGAAGCGCUGUCCCUACACCAAGCAUCAAACCCUGGAGCUGGAGAAGGAGUUUCUGUUCAACAUGUACCUCACCAGGGACCGCAGGUACGAGGUGGCCCGGCUGCUCAACCUCACCGAGCGGCAGGUCAAGAUCUGGUUCCAGAACCGCAGGAUGAAAAUGAAGAAAAUCAACAAGGACCGGGCAAAAGACGAGUGAUUCAACUGAGUUCAUUUAGAAAAGAGAGAGUGAGCCAGGGAGAAAGAGAAAGGACUGCCCGAUCCCUCUCCCGCCCUUAUUCAACCCCAGCGUCCACCACCCCGACCAUCCGGCACAAAGCAGCUCUAAACUCCAGGCCUCAUCUCCCCCUCGAAAGCUGGGCUAAGGCUGGCUUCCCCCUGCCCCCCAGCCUGCUGCUUUGAUGGAGGAGGUAUUGUAAGCUUUCCAUUUUCUAUAAGACGGAAACAAACA